AUGUUUGGGGAUAGAAGUUUUUCAAGGAAAAAUGCGACUCCCCUGGUUGAAUUUGUGAGGACGCUCCGCGACCAAGGCAAAAGCGAGGGGAAGAAGCUAUUUCCAAGGCGUUACAACGGCCGGCUGGCGACAGUUUCGGUGCCGGUAGUGCAAAAGGAGCCUACUCCCCCGGAGUGGGAAGUCACAGAGCGGGUGAACGCGUUAAAAGCGGAACCAAAACCCAGAAAUGUGGUAAGGGAGAAACGACAACGAGGUUCAUCCAUGGAUAAUUUGAUGCAAGCAAAAUUCAUGCGCUCACCCUUUGCGUGUGAGCUUUUAAUAAAAUCUUCCAAGGGCAUGUACAGUUCUACCUACGUGGAUGUGGAGCUAGCAACUCUUGGUCUACAACCCUUGUUGCAAGAAGUUCCUAUUACUCGAAAAGAGACAAAGCCAUUGAUAGGAGUUUCAUGUUGUUACUUCAGAUUGGGUACUGCGCUUGUGGUAAGUGGAUGCAUCGUUGAAGUGAACACCACAGACGGUACAGCACAGAUAGUUCCGGACAAGGGAUUGUGUCUCGAUGUGGAGUGGGUGAGUUUAAAAAAGCUAUAUCGUAUCCCAGAAGAUCUCACGGAAGUAAGGAGAAUAGUAUCCGAAAAAGUGUACACAAUUCUUCAGCGUGAGUCAGAGGAUUCAGCAGCUGCGGCUCAAAACGAAUUAUCCACAGUAGAACAGUGGGAGGAACUUCCGCCGUCCGACUCUCAAAGCGAUGUUGUUAUAGAAGAAAAGGAGGUUAAAUCUGAAGCUGUACAGAAUGCAUGA